AGCACUUUCUUAUGUUCAGCGGCAACAUACUUAUAUAUAGGCAAAUCGCAAGUUGAGUUCUUGUUUACCAACUCACAACAACAAAAAGGUUAAUUAGAAAAAUGUCUGACUGGGAUAGCAAUAUUACUAUUGGAAGCCGUGCCGGACCUGGUGCACGCACUCAUGUUGCCAAGACACAAUCUCAAAUUAACAGCGCUCGUCGUGCUGGUGCCAUUAUUGGAACUGAAAAGAAGUAUGGCUCCGGCAAUCGCGCACAAGAUCCAUCUGGACAACACUUGACCAAAAUCGAUCGUGAAAACGAAGUCAAGCCUCCAUCUACCACCAACCGUUCUGUUGCUCAAGCUAUCCAAAAGGGACGUCAGGAGAAGAAGUGGGCUCAAAAGGAUUUGGCACAAAGAAUUAACGAAAAGCCUCAAGUUGUUAACGACUAUGAAGGUGGACGUGCUGUUCCCAACCAACAAGUUUUGACCAAGAUGGAGCGUGCCUUGGGUGUGAAGUUACGUGGCCAAAACAUUGGUGCACCUUUGGGUGGACCUAAAAAGAAGUAAACCCUAAGGAAAGAGUCCUUUCUGUUGGAUUUGCAUGGUAAUUGGAUACCAUAAUCCUUGUCUUUUCCAAGGAAAGGAAAAGAAAAAAAGAAGAAAAGAAAAAUUAUUAAAGCUUAUGUUUUUUUUUCCUUUGUUUAUUAUAAUGAUGAAAAUAUUUAUGUCUCUUUUCGGAAAAUGCUUUUGAGAGAGUAGGCGUGCAAGUAAUGAA